AUGAAGCUUAAUACCGAAGUGUCCACCGUUGUCUUGCUGCCUGUCUACCUGUUAAUGUUUGUGUACAGUACUCUUACAUUUAUACCAUGGUAUUUUCUUACCAACGCAAAGAAGAAAAAAUCAAUGGCAAAAAGAAUAAAAGCUAAACCUAUGUCGGACAAACCUGGAAGUCCGUACAGGGCCAUUAGCCACCUGGAUUCACUGGCCACCAUAGACAUUCCAGGAGCCGACACGCUGGACAAACUGUUUCAACAUGCUGUGGCAAAUUUUGGAAAGCGAGACUGUCUGGGCACAAGGGAGCUGCUAAGUGAAGAGAAUGAAAUGCAACCUAAUGGAAAAGUGUUUAAAAAGGUAUUAAUUUAUUUUUCUCUUUACUGUUGUGUGGAAUCAUCAUGUAUCAUAGUUUUGCUUUGACCCUUGAAUCAAGCUCAGAAACUCAGAAUGUCACUAACCGUAGCUCCCUUUUAAUAUUACUUGUUGCUAUACGGCAAUCAUGAAGUUAAGAGGUUGGGUUAAUUAGAUAAGGUUGAGAAUAUCUCCAAUGCUAGACAGCAUAUUUUCAAGGUUGUAUUUACAUAUUACUUAACAUUGCUCACAGAUCUUGCAUUUUCACAUUUUAUUUAAUACUAGGUUACCAGCAAAUUCUGCAAUGCAGUUUAUAUUAAAGCAAACCUGACAAAUGGAGGUGAAAAAUUUACACUUGAUAAAAUGUGGGAAGAUGUGCUUGAACCCUCUUUAUUGCCGUAACUACUUCUUCUUUUUCCUGGUUUGCUAGGAACUAAAUGCAUGAAAGUAUAAAAUAAUAAUUUUUAGAUCUUUGGAGAUCUUCCACACUUCUUCUCAUGCUCAUACAGAAAGAUGACUUAAGCUUUCGUUGCACAUCACGCUAGAAGAUGCAUUUUCCGAUCAGCCGUCAGUUGGAAUUGCAUUGCUGUGCCAGUUCUGCUUUAUAUCACAUUUGACAUUUUGUAUAUCUUUUGAAAUGUGUGAUUGCAGUGAAAAUUCCAGCGCAUAAUAUAGGUAGUUCUUCAUAAAUAUUACACAGGUCAGCUCCAAGUACAGUGUUUUGGCUUGUCUUUAAGUUUACCAUAUGAUGGCUUAAUGGACAGAGUUUAACAGGACUAUCGUGGUAAUAGUUUGUUUUUUAUCGCACAAACUAUGGCGACCAAUGGAAGUUUACUAUUUUAUUAUCCUGAAAUGACAAUACCUAUUUUUAGAAAUGUUAUUGUAUUUUUUUUUUUUUUCCUCCAGUUAAUUCAGGGAGAUUAUAAGUGGUUAUCCUAUGAAGACGUUAAUGUGAAGGUGAACAAUUUUGGAAGUGGUCUGGCUGCGCUUGGGCUGAAACCAAAAAGCACUGUUGCCAUUUUUUGCGAAACCAGAGCAGAGUGGAUGAUCACAGCACAAGCAUGCUUUAAAUACAAUUUUCCUUGUAAGUUUUAUUUCUUUCAAACAUUUUAAAGAUGUACUAACUAUGUAGCUGAUUGUCUGUAUAUGUACCUGAGAGAAUCAUUAAUAUAUCACUGAUAAAAUUUCUGCUCCAAAAAUAAAUUUUAGGUGAAGUUUUGCCAAGACCUAAAGUAGUUAGAUGGUUAUGCCAUUUAUGUUGGUACAAGUUGCCUUAUGCAUGCCAUUGCAUUAACAGUAAUAUUUAAACAUGGCGGUCAUAGAAUUUAUUGAAUAAUGAAAGCCCUGUCAUAUAUAAACAUCCUAAACAAAAUAAUGUGAGACAUUACUCCAGGCUCCCUGCUUUUUUAUUUCAUUAUGUUUUGUAUCUUAUUAAUUUUUCUUUGGAGAUUUGGUUGGCUUGCCAGAAUUUCAUUCUUUGAAUCUCUGCGUCGUCACACAGGUCUCUCAAUUUGCUGCUUUCUCGUGCAGACAUAUUAAAGAAGCACAGAGCAUGUGAGACCAUAAUGUCACUUGCCUCUGAAGAGCAACAUAAUUCAUAUUAUGUCAAAUAUACACGUAUUCUCUUCUCCACCUUCACUCAGCAGCUUAUACAUUUCAUGUUUGCUUGUAGCCUUACUAGAGCCGUAUGGUUCAUAUCCGAGCAGAUUCAUUGUAAUUCAGGAAAUAUUUUGUAGCAUUUCUGCUUGUGCGACUGCCAAUCUGAAGCUUAAAGGAUCCUGUAGUGUUUUAAUGAAUUAAUGUUAUUUCCCCCUGCCGUGUGCUAGUUGGAAGGGUGAAUUUCACUCCCCAUGUCAGUCUCUUUGGGGAAGCACUGCAUCCUGUUGGAAAGUAUUGUGAGGCUAGUGCGCAUACAUGGCAAAAUGCCCCUCUGUGUCUUUGAGACCAUCUAAUUUGAAAUGGCAGAGGUUUACUCUUUCAUUGAAAGCACCUCUAGUGGCGAUCAGUGGAUAUCAAUGUUUUCACAUUGAGUUAAAAUGUUUUGGGUGUUUUUUGGUACUCUCCCAAAUCUUGGACAAUUCUAUUUAUGCAUACAUUAAGCUUUUAAUACAGGAUGCUGAAAGAAAGACUUGACUAGAUGAUUUUUUUGUUUUUUGUUUUUUUUGUUUGUUUGUUUGAACAUCUGUCCCUUCGUGCAUGGUAAUGACAAUGAGACAAAACUUGCAGGUCUUGCAGCCUGCACCAGCCACAGGACUGUCUGUCUCAUAUACAGGCUUAUUUUCUCAUUUCCACAAGUUCUGUUUUUUUUGUUUGUUUUUUUUCCUCUCCGUCAUAGUUCCUCAUUCUCAUAAGCAAUCUAAGAUGCAUUCUCAUUUCCCUUUUCUCUCAUUUUGCAUGCAAACUACUGUCAUGGAAACAUGUGUAGAUAUUACGUAACAUAUCUAAAUAUAUCAUACUUAAUUUCAGCAAACUUACACUGAUUGAGAUUUCUAUUUUUAUCUGCUUCCAUCUAGAAUUUAUCAUUAAAUCUUUAUUUUAUUUUUUUUCUUUUCUGAAUGCUCUAAUUUUUCUAAAAUAUAUGCAAAAGUUCCUAAUUUUAUGUAUGUAUAGCAGUGAAGUUGACAAAACUUGUUUACUGGACAGAGCAUAAGACAAGACUUGUAUUCCAUUAUCAGUCCCAUUUACCCAUAAUCCAUCAGUAAUAGCAAUCCCACAAAAGUGUAAACAGCAGACAUGAAUGGCAGAGGAAAACAAAAUGUCUGCACCCAGGAAUUUAUAUCUGGCACAAGGAAGAUAAUUUAUAAAUAAAGGCAAGUGGCAUGGGAGGUGGUAUAAUCAUUAAAAUCCAAGAGUAUUAAUGAAAGGAAAAUGAAAAAAUGAGGGGUGGCGAGAGACAUGGAUGCUUGAAGGAUAAUUUGGAAUCUGUUCAUAAUCCUCUCGCCUAAAAGUGGAGAUACAAAAUAAUUGGUACAAUUACAUAUUCUUUCAAGCCAAAACAUACCAAGUUUAAAAUUAUUUUAUACAAUUGUUUUUACAGUGGUCACAUUGUAUGCUACUCUGGGUGAGGAGGCAGUAACUUAUGGUCUGAAUGAAUCUGGAGCCACCCAUCUCAUUACUAGCUCUGAACUCCUGGAAACCAAGUUGAAGGUGUGUAUUUAGGACAGACUUUAGCUGCUGUUAUCUAUCAUAUUAUCUCCCUGACAAGAAUAACCAUAUUAUGUUUCACUUCUAAAUUCACAGAAUGUUCUAUCAGAAAUUAGUUUCAUUAAACAUAUCAUCUAUGUGGGCAAGAGAAAUAUUAAUAAGGCAGAGUAUCCAGAAGGCCUACAGAUCCAUGAAAUGGAGUCCAUUGAAGAUUUGGGUGCAAAACCAGAGAACUGUAAGUGAUAUUACUUCAUAAAGAAAACUAGUCCAAUUAAAAAGGCAAGAAUGCAUCUUACAGAGCUUUGUGCAAAAGUAAUAAAAUUUUUCAAUAAGUUCAUUACAUGGUGUCACAUGCAUAGUGAUUGCAACUUUUUUUUUUUUUUUUGCCCAUAACACCUUGCACAUUCAAGUGAAUGAGCAGGUAUUUUUGGUAUUGACCAGAACCACAUGUUUGUACAUUUCGAGCAGGUGUAGGCAACCUUUGGUUGUGGAGUUAACAAUCUUUUUACAGCCAUAAUGCUGGCAAACCACCAGGGGGGUUGUAUUCCACAACAUCUGGAGUGCCAAAGGCUUCCUACAUCUGGAGUGCCAAAGGCUUCCUUCACCUGAUCUAGAGUCUCUCAGUACAUAUUCAUUGAAAAAUGUAAAAACUGUUCUGUCACUGUCUUUGUCCCCAUCAAGUGUUUGGUGGUUUCUCUGUGUUUGGAAAGAACUCUAUUUCUUUACUGUAUGGAAAAUAUAUAUUUCAAGUCCAAAAUACUUCACAUUUGGUAUGGUGUGAAUUGAAUUUCACACCUCCAAAUUUGUAUAAUCCACAAAUAUGAUGGUUUGAUCCAUAGUAUUAUUUUGUUUAAUUGUAUGUUGUAAAGUUUUGAAAUAGUUAAUGUCAGAAAUUUAUAUUUUAUACCGUCUAUACUUUGCUUAUUGUAACAAUGUUUUGUGGGGUUUUUUUUUUUGUUUUUUUUAAAAAACAUGAUUUGCAAAUAGAAAAUCAUCAGUCACUGAAAGUUGGUUUUCGUCUUAAUACGGUCACUGUUUAUGAGAAUCCAUUAAUUGUGGGGUAUUGCUUCCCUGAAAUGGAGAGGUAUAAUUGGGCCCAAAAUGCCUCAGUCCUUCCUGGUCAGGGAUUUCAUCAUUGGCUUCAAUGAUAAUCCGUUAUAUUUAACUUGGUCACAUCUCCUUCGUCAUGAUCAGCCAUUUUUAAGAACUCCUGACCGCCUCCAUGCAGCCAUAGAAUACCUACUCCCAAAGAGUUCCUCAAGAUAUUGAACAGGUUUCUACAAGUUCAACAUUUCCUGCUGGUUUCCAUUCUCUAUGCUUGACUAGAUGGCUAACUGGUAAAAUUCCCAUGAGUUGAGUGAGGUGGUUCUACAAGGUUUGGUGUGAUUUGUUCUACAGCUCUACACUGGAGGGGACGCAAUGUCUCAAAACUUAUGGAUUCUUGUAGAUCCUGACCACAAAGAUGAGCAUUAAAUUAUCGGUAAACAUGUGUCUUGGUUCCAUUUAUUUAUAAUGGUUUGAAUUUGGUAGUGAUUAUCAAGGCUAAAUAUUUACUCUAUUUGUUUUGAUCUUCAGUGAGCAACCCUCCAAGCCGACCUCUACCUACUGAUCUGGCAGUUGUGAUGUAUACCAGCGGCUCUACUGGCAGGCCCAAAGGAGUAAUGAUGGUUCACAGCAACCUAAUCGCUGGCAUGGCCGGGCAGUGUGAAAGGAUACCAGGCUUAGGGUAAUUUUUCUACAAUCCGGUACUAUUUAUUUAUUUAUGAACCAGCUAGGUUGGAUAUCUCCAGCCCAGCAGUUUUGUGACUUGAUCAAAAAAUAUAUUUUAAAGAGCCACAAUGACUAUUCUGUGAGCUCUGUUCAUGAGCGUAUUUAGAGCCUCUAAUGUACUCUAUUAAUGCGCUUUCUUAAUUGCAAUGCCACUAAAUUCCAUUACUCCACAUUUGGAGUUGCGUUUUUUUUUUUUUUUUUAAACACCCUAAUCACAAAUUAGAUAUGCGCACCGCUCAGUCUUCCCACACACUUAGUUACAACCAGUAGUGGACGUGGCAGUCAGCAUUUGAUGCUGAAGAAACCGAUACUUCAAACAGAAGUGCCAACCUUAUGUUCAUAUACGUGAGGCUGACUGGCAGCUGUGAAGGGAAGACCCUGUAAAGAUAGUCCAGGCACAGAGGACAUUCUUGUAUGCCCUUAUAUAUUUUAUGCAGGAUAUGUAAUGAUGUGCUCACUGAGGGUGGCAGAACAGGACCCCAAUAUUGGGACUGUCCCACUAAUUCCUGGAAUGGGUGCUGUUACACAGUGCCAUGUUAGCCACAUUAAAGGUCUUCAAGAACUGCAUGUGACUUUAUAACAGUUGUGUGCAAACCAGUGAGCUUGAAGACAAAGCUUCUUUUGCUCUUAUAGUGCAGCAUCUUGCUGAAGAAGUACCGUCUCUUGUCAAAGAUAAAAAAAAAAAAAAAAAAUCAAGAUAAAGGCACGGAAUAAGGAGACAAAAUCUUAUGAGAAGAAAAUGGUGCUAAUAGUGUGUUGAACUGAUACUUCUACAUUUUUAAUAAGUCAUCUUAUUUGAAUAAUUUUUUACAGGCCCAAAGAUACUUAUAUUGGCUACUUGCCUCUAGCACAUGUUCUUGAAAUGACUGCAGAAAUUUCCUGUGUGACCUAUGGCUGUAGAAUUGGUUAUUCAUCUCCGCAAACACUGUCCGAUCAGGUGAGAGAAAAUUUCUAGGUUAAUUGUAUUGGGCUAUUUCAUGUAACUACAGUUCUAUUCCCAGGGGCGUGAAGGAGUGGUGAAAUAUGAGGGCAGGGGCAGAGGACAUAUUUCUCUUUGUGUAAUAAUGUAUGAUUUCAGAAGGUGGUGUGUGGAAAGCACAUUUUUACUUGGACCCAGACAGUGGAAUGUCUUGGAGUGUUCCUGGUACAUAGGCCUAAAUUUAAUAAGCUUUCCAAAUGAUUCAAUAGAGAACUUUCCAAAUAAUGUAUCUACAAAAAUGCCCAAAGACUUCAAUGGUGACUUUGAUAGCUAAAUCGUUUGGAACUUUUUUCAAGCGGUAUUGCAUAAUUUGUAAAGCUUAUUAAAUCAAGGCCAUAGAUUGCUACCAAUAACAUAAUGUUAAGUUAAAGUGGCAGCAGGAACCUUUUGUCACAUUCCCCACUUACAGAUUUCACUCUGGUUUUUAUCAAGGGUAAUAUAGCUCUAGAAUUACCCCUCCUGACGUUGGACUAGAUCUCGAACUCGUUGAGUGAGUUCAGCAUUAAUUAGUGUUUUCUUUUUGAAGGAGUUGUGUGAAUUGCUCAUUGUUUAUCUUGCUUAUUAUUCUAGUGCCCUUAUUUAAUAGAAUAAAGGUCUGUCAUCUUCCUAAAAAAAACAAAAAAAUCUUUGCACAAUUGAAAUGUUUGCUGUGAGCCCUAGACUAAUUGCCAGCUAAUUGCAAAGAUAUUUUCUAAAAGCAUUUCUUAAAGGUAACCAUUGUUUCAGGAUGUACUUGACUUGUAGCUGAUUUAAUUGCAGUGCAUCUUGUGCUCUGCUAUUCACGGCUAUUGUUUAGAUUUGCCUGCUACGAAGACAUUUCUAGAACGCUUUUGCUUUAUAGAUCUUUCUACGGCAUUGGAUCUCAGCCUUGGCAAACUGGCAUGCCUUGAUCAUUUUGCUUAAUUGCUCAAUUGCUGUAAUAGUUUAUAUGACAUAUUUUAAAUAACCUUUUAAUAAGUGUCUGCAUUAAAAUUGUAAUUCCCUUUGUUAAAGUAAUAAAAAGCAUAGGCCAGUUUGGCUAGAUGUGGGCUUCUUUCUCUAGUAGUGCUUCACAUAAAGUAGUUGUGCUUUGGAAAUGUUUCUCUCAUUCGGGAAGGUAGGGGGGGUGGAGGUAGGAAUUAGAGUUGGGAAUCACUGGGGCUGUUCAACAUUCAUGAAACUCCACUUUUAGGCUGCAAUGUUUUUAAACCUUAGGUAAAAAUAACUGAGCUGAAGGCAUAACUAGGUUUGAGAUUAUUUUCUUCUUCUUUCUAGCUAGGCAAUUUUAACCUAAAACUUUUAUUCCCUAGUGAGUAAACCUGAAUUAUCAAAAUGUAGUAUUUUACAAAACUGCAUGGAUAUGAAUAAAAAAUUUAAUUAAAAAAAAACUAGUAACAAACAUAGACUGGCAAUGCCAAUAUUGCAUCUACCAUAUUAUAUAGGGUGAGUAUAUCAAGGUGGUGGAAUGCUAACAGGAGUGGGGCAUGCUAUAUAGACCAUUAAGUAUUUAAGUGUUGAAUCCAGAAAUGGAAUGCUAUAAUAUGUUAAAGCACGUGUUGUUGCUCUUGUUUGAAAAGCACGAGUUUGGUCUUGCUUUUUUACAUCGCAUUGCUUUAAUAGUUUACAUGAUAUUGCUACACUUACACUUUUGGAAAUGGGGUUGGUGUAAAACAAUUGUGAGGGAGAAGUGGAAACUGGUGUGGCAAAAAUCCCAAUAAUUAAAAAGAUUACAAAUUGUGUUCACAUGGGUGUGCUGUUUUUGUUUUUCCUCUGGCACAUAAGGUAUUGUGUAUUUUCUGUUUUAUUAUUGUCCGUAUAAACAAAUUAAUUUGUUUUGUUUAGAGGAUGGGCCAAUUAAAUAUAAAAACCUAAAUAGACUUGUAAAAUGCACCAUGUAUCUGAUAUGUGGUGAGUCCCAUACUGUCCUAAUCAAACGACUGCCAUGAGAUUAACUCCUUCUAUAGGACCUUUAUCCUCUAGGGUUCUCGGCAGAGAGGUUUCUUUAGGACCCUUUUAUGUGGUAUUUUGACAGGGUGGGGUGCUAAUAUUCAUCCAAUAUAAUGUGUGAAACAGAAGGGCAGCAGUCUCCUAAACAUGCAUGCCUGGACAAAUGUAUGCUAAUUUAUGUUCUCUUAAUACCUUUUUAAUUGUGUACAACCUCUGUAUUUUAUAGAACUAUUCAUCAUGAACAGCAUGCUUUCUGCGCAACAUGUCUCCCUUGCUGUAACAAAGACUUGUAGUUGGCAAUAGCAGGGGAAAGCUAAAAAGCAUGACAAGCGAUCCCUGCUGUUUAUGGCCACCACAAAGAUGGUUAUUGUUAAACUGGCAACAGUGUUUUAUUUCCAGAGUUUGUAAAUUCAUCCUGUUACAAUUGGCUGCUAACAUUGGAUAUGCUGUGAACACUUCUUGUCCUUUUGUAAGAGCCUGCAUUAUUGACAGAGGCCACUGUGUCCUGUAUAAUACAGGCUUUAUUUUAGGUUUCACUCUAUGGGAGUAGGUUAACUAAACUCUUCUGAACUUCAUGGUUUAAUGACUUUACAUCCUACUGUCUUUCCUCAAGUGCACCAUUGUUCUGUUUGAUGGUGACCUAGACUUUGGAAACCUUUCAUUGAGGCAGCUAGCCAGAAUUACUGUGCAGAAAACGUCUCCCCAUUGAAUGCUCUAUGUAAAAGGUAGUUCAGUUGGUUAGAAGUAUAGUCCCAGUUUUCAUUGCAUUUUUGGAUUCCAUGUCGUUGGUGAAAAAGUAGAAUUGUGCAUUGAAACUUAUAGAAGAAUUUAAUGUAAAAUAUUCCUACAUGUUAUCCCGUUUAGAACAUGGUCACUUACUUGACUGAAUUUUCCAUACAGUUGUGUAUAUGUAUAAUGUCAAAUUAUGACAGUCUAUUUGCUGACUUUAUAUGGUCUGCUUAUUUCCACAGUCUACCAAAAUAAAGAAGGGAACUAGAGGUGAUUGCACAGUUCUAAAACCUACGCUGAUGGCUGCAGUGCCUGUAAGUUAUAGUGCAUGUUUCUACUUAAAUGGUUUUCAUUACGUGAAUACAUAAAACUGGAAGAACUAGUAGCUUUCUUCAGGCUGAUAUGUACAUUGAAAAUACUUUAUUUAGUAUACCGCAGACCAACCUAUUUCCUUAUUGACCACAGGCAGUUAAUCUAGUGUAAAAAUAAUUCUUAGCUCAUAUCCUUUAGCAGUGAAUGUGUCACCCUUAGUGAGUGCUAGGUUAUUGUUUAGCCUGGAGCUAUAUUUUGUUACUAGAGCAUACUUCGAAGUGAUCUAAUAUUACUAUAGCACUUAUAAUGCACGUUGGUUGUUUAAACAGAACAAUCACAAACAUGUAGUCUGUUAUAUUCCUAGCUCUGCUACAAUGUAUUUCAUUGAGGACUCUUCUCAUGAGCCUAGAGACAUAAUCCAACCUUUAUAACAACGGUUUGCUUUUUGUAUAAUUUAUGGCAACCAUGUCCCUGUUCACUGCACACCUUUGUAGUUUUUGAUGCAGCUAUAAGUCCAGCCCCUUUAGAUGGAGUUGACACAAGUCCCGCUUCUUCCUCCUCCCACCCGAAGAGUGGGAACAGUAUACAAGUCCUUACCUCCUAUUAUAAGCUUUAUCACAACUGCUGCUAAGAAACCUGAAUCCUGACACUACCUGUGCAAAGUAAUACCUAUGCUCUUGUUCUGAAACUGGGUAAAUAGAGCGGUCAGUAAGCUAAUAGCAGGCACAGUGCAUCUAUCAGCUUAAGCAGCAGUAACGCUAAUCUGAAAAUAGAACCAUUGAUUUAUUUUUAUUUUUCCCUCCUUUCCAGGAAAUAAUGGAUCGAAUUUACAAGAAUGUAAUGAGCAAAGUUCAAGAAAUGAAUGUAUUUCAGAGAACUUUGUUUAAGCUUGGCUAUGACUACAAGCUGGAGCAAAUCAAGAAGGGGUAUGAUGCUCCCAUAUGCAAUGUGUAAGUACUGACCAAUGACUUGAGGAGAUAAUUUGGUUUCAAUUUAUUUGGAGGUGGGAUAAUCCAGUGGCUACUUCGGAGGUCCUAUAGUAAAGUGGGUGCCAGGUCAGGUUCCACACCAAGCUUAAGGCUUUGUUUAGCACAUUAAUGUUGAUUGUGACCGUAUAUGAAAUGGGGUUUCAAGAACCCUGCUUCUAUUAUGGUGAAUUCAUUACAUAGUCUUAAUAUUUGACUACUGUAUUGCUGUGAGUGUUUUCUGCCAGUGACAAUAUGUUCCUCUCUGGCAGCUAGCACACCAUAUAAGCAUACAGACAUUGGGAACACAAUGGUAAAGUUUCACAAACAAUCGGAUGCUGUUGCUGAAUAAAGAUCUGCAUUACAGCUUAGAAUAUAUUAUAUUUGAUAUUAUAGAGGACUAGUUAUUUGGGGGGGAAAUUAUUUUACGGUGUUACUAAUACAAUGGAUACAGUAGAAGGUAAGCCUUACCCUUGGUUAAGUGAAAAUUAGGGAAUGGGCUGGGUGAAUGGAAAGGAAAACUAACAGUCAUUGCUAAGAGGUAGACCAUAAAAGGGCACACGAGCAUGACUUUGGCAAUCUGUUUUUGCUAGUUGCCUAAAGUUUAAAGGAACUUGGAAAGCAACAUCACCACUUUAGCACACUGUAGUAGAUAUGGUGCUUGGAGCAUUCCUUUAAAUUAAGGUUGAGAACUGAAUUCUGACAGGCAUACCUGGAUACAGUUUACCUAAAAAGGCGAGUGACCCUGUGCUUUUUUAUUUCUUUACCUUAAAAGGCUACUUUUUAAAAAAGUGAAAGCUUUACUCGGCGGCAAUGUGCGCAUGAUGCUGUGUGGAGGUGCUCCUUUGUCUUCUCAGACACAGAGGUUUAUGAACAUCUGUUUCUGCUGUCCUGUUGGCCAGGGAUACGGUUUAACAGAAACAUGUGGAGCUGGCACAAUCACUGAAGGUAAGUUCUCGGACACUGGUCAUUGUUUGAUUAAAGCAACAUAUCCUAAUUUAUCAACUGAACAUUUAUAAGGAUCUCUCUCUCUCUUGUUGGGGUUUUUUGGGCCUCUUUAGCUGAUUUUAUUUACUAAAGUAAGAAUUCAAAGUGAAUGCCAAUGUAAUUUCAAAGUCAAGCCAGAGUAGCCAGAUUGAAAGCACAGCUGACAUAAACAAUUAAACUAGUUUAGCUAUUUUGAUUUGAAAUUCACCUUGAAUUCUCACUGUAGGUCUUAUAUAGUUUUAUGUAUAGAAGAAAUCUCUUUAGACACAUGGAAACCCAUCCUGUCACCAGUAAUGUUUUAUAUUAUUUAUAAUCUCUCAAAAAUCUAGUUCAGUGUGUAAUCUUUUAUUUGUCUGUGCUGCACGUCAUCUAGGAUUUGGGCAUGGGUUGAUAUUCAAGGUAAUGUCACAAUCAUUUGAUUGGAGAAAAUAUUCAACAUAAUCUGUCCAGUAGCACCAAUCUACCUUAUUCACACAAUCAUUGUACACCUACCCAGUGUGCUAUUUUGUGUUCUGAAAUGAAGACAUUUGUCAGUUGUGCAAAUCGGCGUUUGUGAGUUUUGCAAAUACCGUCCAAUAUAACAAUUCUAAUAAAGAAGAGGGCAAGUAAUCCUUAUUGACCACAGAGUUGUGAAGACCUUUUGGUAUUGCAGCUUUUGAGGACUAUAUUUCACAUGAUCCUCCGUCAUUAAAAGGAAGACUCUUAUUUGCAAUGCCUUAUAGAUUAGGCAUUUUUAAUAUCUGGAGUUUCAGCACUUUAUUAUGCAAGUCACCCCAGGACAGUACAUUUAAUACUGUAUUGAUGAAUGAUAUAACCAUUGUUUUCUUUUUUAUGGGAUCUAAAUAAAACUAAUCACAUUCGUUCUCCGAUCUUUUCUUUUAGUUUCGGAUUACAGCACAGGCAAAGUAGGAGCUCCACUUACCUGCUGUGAAAUUAAACUCCGUGAUUGGCAAGAAGGUAUGUAGUUUUAUAUUUUACAGAGCACUCUAGUGGGGGAAAAAGUGUUUGGCAGGAAUAUUGUUUACUGUAAAUGCUGUAGGAUAGAAAUCGGAAGCCUUAAAGGACCACUAUAAGCACCCAGACCACUUCAGCUUAAAGGACCACUAUAGUGCCAGGAAAACAUACUAGUUUUCCUGGCACUAUAGUGCCCUGAGGGUGCCCCAGAGUACAAAGAGUUGUCAUUAAUGGUAAAUUUUCAAGCUGGACAGAGGUGGCAAGUGGUGUCCCUCAGGGGUCUGUUCUGGGACCCCUUCUAUUUAACAUGUUUAUAAAUGAUCUUGAAGACAGCAUUGAAAGUCAUGUUUCAGUGUUUGCAGAUGACACAAAACUUUGUAAAAUAAUACAAUGUGAGCAAGAUAUUACUUUGCUGCAGAGGGAUUUAGAUAGACUGGGGGACUGGGCACUCAAAUGGCAGAUGAAAUUUAAUGUUGAAAAAUGCAAAGUUAUGCACUUUGGCGUAAAGAAUACACAAGCAACGUAUACCCUUAAUGGAAGCGAAUUAGGGAUAACAACACAUGAAAAGGACUUGGGAAUUGUUAUAGACAACAAACUAUGCAACAAUGUGCAAUGUCAAUCAGCAGUGGCCAAGGCCAGUAAGGUAUUGUCAUGCAUGAAAAAGGGCAUUCAUUCUCGGGACAAGAAUAUCAUUUUGCCUCUUUAUAAAUCACUGGUAAGACCCCAUAUUGAAUAUGCUGUGCAAUUUUGGGCACCUGUUCUAAAGAAGGAUAUUAUGGCACUAGAAAAAGUGCAGAGGCGGGCUACAAAACUAAUAAAAGGAAUGGAACAUAUCGGCUAUGAAGAAAGGUUAACAAAUUUAAACCUAUUUAGUUUAGAAAAACGUCGCCUGAGAGGGGAUAUGAUAACAUUAUACAAAUAUAUUCGGGGCCAAUACAAACCAUUGUGUGGAAAUCUAUUCACAAACCGGACUUUACAUAGGACACGAGGCCAUGCGUUUAGACUGGAAGAAAGAAGAUUUCGCCUAAGGCAAAGGAAAGGUUUUUUACUGUAAGAACAAUCAGGAUGUGGAAUUCUCUGCCUGAGGAAGUGGUUUUAUCAGAGUCCAUACAGAUGUUCAAACGGCUACUAGAUGCAUACUUGCAAGAACAGAAUAUUCAAGGAUAUAAUCUUUCAAUGUAAGGUAAUAACUGCUUGAUCCAAGGAUAAAUCUGACUGCCAUUCUGGGGUCAAGAAGGAAUUUUUUUCCUAGCUUGUUGCAAAAUUGUGCUUCAAACUGUGGGGGUUUUUUUGCCUUCUUUUGGAUCAACAGCAAAAAACAAAUGUGAGGUAGGCUGAACUUGAUGGACGCAAGUCUCUUUUCAGCUAUGUAACUAUGAAAACUUUCAUAUUUUGAAACCUUUUUAGACUGGUUGUUAUUAUUUAAUACACAGACACAAGAUAGCUUUCAUUUAUAUAACCGCUUGGCUUAUCUUGCUCCUGUGUUUUUGUAAGCAUGUUCUAGCAGAAGCUAUUUGAAAUCUAUAUUUUUUUUAUUUAUUUUUUUUGCUAGUAAUCUGUGCUAGUUAAUUACAUUGACAGUGCUUCAUAAUCUUUCCAUUUAGUGAUGUCUUGCUAUUUGUUUAGAGAGCAUGCCGAGUGCGAUUAUUACUGUCCUAGAAACAGAAUCUCCAUAAAAUAGAAACGUUUUGAAUCUUACUACAUCCAGAAUAGCUUACCAGACGGACCGUUAAAAGACAGAAUAACUCACAUUUUUAAGAGUAUCGUAAAUCUAUUCAGUAACUGGUCCAUAACAGGCCUUACAUUUUAACCAAUUAGUAUAGUAGAGCUAGCUGGUUAGUUAAACAGUUUAGCUAGGACUUCAGGAGUCACCACAUCAAGCUAGGAGUUUAUUUUCUAUUAUAAUAUCUAAUCUCACCGUUAAUGUUUACUGUGGUGGCAGUGCUAUUGAAUUAGUGUCAAGUACUUCUUGAUAUUUGAUCCUGGUACUACUUGUGUGCUAUGAGCGUUUUUGAGUUUGUUUUGAUAAUUAUUUAUUUACUAUUAUUUAUUUAUAAAAAAAUUUGUAUUUUUUUUUUUAGGUGGAUAUACAAAUGAGGACAAGCCAAAUCCAAGAGGGGAGAUUAUCAUUGGAGGGAAGAAUGUUUCUAUGGGAUAUUUUAAAAACGAUGAAAAGACUUUAGAGGAUUUUUAUGUGGAUGAGAAUGGCCAGAGGUGGUUUUGCACUGGCGAUAUUGGAGUAUUUCACCCUGAUGGCUGCUUGCAAAUAGUUGGUAGGUUUUUUUUGUUUUGUUUUGUUUUUUAAAUUUGUGUUUUGUAAAAAAAUACAUUUUAAAAAUGCUAUUUUAAAAAUGUUCGUAUUAUGCAAAUUAUAGUAAUGAUUUGCAAUAAUCCUGUGCGGAUCAGACUUGUAGUGUAGAGAAACGGGGUUAUUGGGCAGCUGUAGUAUAAUGCAUACAAAGGAGUCAUGUUGAAAUAAACCGAGGGGGCAGAACCUUAUAAACCUUACCUAGGGGGCGGAAGGAAGGGUUAGUGUAACCUUUUAAACAUGUCAAGACGUGAGCAAAUCUUCUAGUGGGUCUACAAGAUUUGCUCAUAUCUUGACACAUUAAAAAAGGUUCAGCCACAGGAUCUAGAACUCUAAUAAGGAGGGAGAAGUGUGUUGAUAGUUGCUGACCUUUUCAAUCGCUAGGGUCUCUGUAUCCUGGUAUGAACGAUAUCAUGGCUAAGAGGGGUUUUCCAAGUGUUGACUGUACCAAGCCUAUCCAAGCAAAUUUUAAAUAUUUGUUUCAUUUAUUGAAUGUUAAUUGGGAACACUAACCCUAUUUCUGAGAAGUAAAGUAUUUGCAAUGCGUUUUUGUACUGUACAGAUCGUAAAAAGGAUUUGGUGAAGUUGCAAGCUGGAGAAUACGUGUCUCUGGGUAAAGUUGAAGCAGCAUUAAAAAACUGCCCACUUAUUGACAACAUCUGUGCUUAUGCAAACAGGUACGGGGCACAUGUUUUCCGUGUUGCGUGGAUGUUUGUUUUGCUCUGUCCAUGUUGUGCUGCGUGUGUGUGUAUAAAUGAUUUUUUUCCUUUUUUUUUUUUUGAAACUCAAUGAAGUCUUCUAUCCCUACUUGUGUAUGGGUUUUCUACCUACAUAAAUUAAAUGAUGCCAGGUUGGUUGGGGAGGUCACCCAGUUGCAGGAAGAGAUAUUGAUUGCUACAUUUUAAUUAUGCAUAUUUUCACAUCUCACAAAUACAUAUUUGUUCAAAACAGAGAUAUGUUAAAAAAAAUAAAAUACAUUUAAAAAUGGUUCUGUCCCUCUUUAGUAUACAGAUGACUAUAACCUGCUAAUUUAAAAUAAAUUUGGCAGAUGGGGUUUCUUUUCUUCCAUUAGCUUCUUAGAUACAUCACGGAAAAAAAUAUGGGUCUCUAAGCAACGACAUUAACAUUACUACUAGUAUUUUAGUUGGACCAAUUCUGUCUGUAGAAAACAGCAGUUUAGAUUGGAGAGGAAUACCGUAUAUACUAGAGUAUAAGUCGACCCGAAUAUAAGUCGAGACCCCUAAUUUUACCACAAAAAAACUGGGAAAACUUAUUGACUCGAGUAUAAGACUAGGGUGGGAAAUGCAGCAGCUACUGGUAAAUUUCUAAAUAAAAUUAGAUCCCCCAAAAAUUAUAUUAAUUGAAUAUUUAUUUACAGUGUGUGUGUAUAUAAUGAAUGCAGUGUGUGUAUGAAUGCAGUGAGUGUGUGUGUGAUGCAGAGGCUUGGUGGGGGGUGGGCAUUUUUUUUAUUAAUUUUUUUUUUUUUUUUUUAAUAUAUUAUUUUAUAUAUAUAUAUAUAUAUAUAUAUAUAUAUAUAUAUAUGUAUAUGUAUAUGUAUAUGUGUGUGUGUAUGUUAUUUUUCUUCGUCCCUCCUCCCUGCUUGUUAGCUGGUCAGAGAGGGGGGCUCUCAUUCCCUGGUGGUCCAGUGGUGUGCACUGUGUAGGAGGGGGCUGGCUGGAAGCGUUUACUUACCUUUCCUGCAGCUCCUGUCCGCUCCCUUCUCUCUCGUCCGGUCAGCUCCCCUGUAAGUCUCGUGGUCUGAGUGCUGCGCGGAGCGUUGCCACGGUAACCCGUGGCAGCGCUCUGACCCCACGACUCUCGCGAGACUUGCAGGGGAGCUGACCGGACCGGAGGAGAGAGAAGGGAGCUGACAGGAGCUGCAGGAAAGGUAAGUAAACGCUUCCUUCCAGCCUCCAACAGGACCGCCGGGCUUGUAAUGAGCCCGGCGGUCCUUGUCUGUAUUAUGGCAAUGUAAGUUGCCAUAAUACAGACACUCACUCAAGUAUAAGACGAGUGGGGGGUUUUCAGCACAAAAAAAUGUGCCGAAAAACUUGUCUUAUAUUCGAGUAUAUACGGUACCUAACCAGUCUCAAAACCACUACAUUUUCUAUUAAGUUAUGACCAUUACAAUGUUGUAAGGCAGCAAUAUCAAUACAGGCUAAAACACAUAAGUAAAUUUUUCAUUUCCCUGUUAAAUUCACAGAUCUAAAACUAUACAUAUUUCUGGUUGGUCUGAAAAGAUGUUCUUGUAUAACUGAAUUAUCAUUUUCUCUUUUGUCCUUAAGAGAACACGUCAUCUGUUGCAACAUGCUUUUUAAUGUGGUGAAAUUGGCACAUGCUGAUCGGACAUGGUGUAUAAAAGAGCAUGACCUUAACAGCUGCCAAGUAACAUGACAAGAAUCUUUUAGAGACUUGCAGUAGCAGCUGACUUCAUGCAAUUGGUUUUAGUGUUGAGUUUUACCCUUGAAGAUGCAUGUACUAAUCUUCCUUAUAUCCUGUUACAGUUUCGAGUCUUACGUGAUCAGCUUUGUAGUUCCUAAUCAGAAGAAGCUCACUGGUUUAGCACAACAGAAAGGGAUCGAAGGCACAUGGGAGGAGAUCUGUAACAAUCCCACAAUGGAGGCAGAAGUAUUAAGGGAGUUUAAGGAGGUGGCAAGCUCAAGUGAGUGACAUCCUGUUUAGUACAUCUCUAGCAUUGUGUUGUGCUUUUAGCUACUGAAUUAAAUAAUGCAGGUAUCCUAUAAAUUUUACCAACUGGUUAAUUCACUGAAGGUACUGUAUGCUCUUGAUUGUGAAUUUCCGCAAAAGUAGCGAAAUAUUGUCCCGUCCCACCCCCAAACCAAAAAAAACUUUGAUUAAAUUCAAAGUAUUUAAAAUUGUUUUUAAAUGUACUGAAGAAACCGAAUUUGGUGUGACUGAUAUUGAAGCAAUAUUUCCCUGGCUUUCCCUUUAAUUUCGUUUGUGUGUGUUCUAUGGGCACUGUCUACUGGUGCUGUUUAAAGUUUUGGUGAAACCUGAAGUUAAAAACAAAAAGAAACCCAUCCCAAAUAUUACAUAGACGUAAAAGCAGACACUAUAGAUUUAGAGUAGAAUUUGUAUACUGUGCUCUCGUUUUCUCUCUCUCUCUCGUUUUCUCUCUCUCUCUCGUUUUCUCUCUCUCUCUCGUUUUCUCUCUCUCUCUCUCUUUCUCAAAAUGUGGAAUGCUUUGCUACCAUCUAGUGGUCAUAUUCAUAGUGUAUUCAUUUAGCAAUUCUUAUAUAGUGUCUGUAUCCAACAUCCUACAAUAAUUUUAUAAAAUGGAGGGCAUCCAUGGUGCAAUAUCCAGCCCCCCUCCCCUCCCCCCCCCCAGUUCUACCAUAUAAUAAUGCAUUUUGAUAUGAGAAGUACAGAAAGUUGGUUGAUGCACUGGAUAUCUUUGCUACUCUACAUAGGAAAAGGCUUGAGUACAGUUAAACAAUUGUAAAGAAUCAUUGGGGCUUCUAGCUUUGUAACUUUAUAAAAUUUUGUUUUGCAGUGAAAUUAGAACGCUUUGAAAUUCCAAUUAAGGUACGUUUAAGUCCUGAUCCCUGGACCCCUGAAACAGGCCUUGUAACAGAUGCCUUUAAACUGAAGAGGAAAGAAUUAAAGAACCACUAUCUAACUGACAUCGAGCGGAUGUAUGGAGGCAAAUAG